AUGAGGACUACGCUUGUAUACGCAGCCGGCCUCUUGGCCACGACAGCCCUGGCUGCGUUUGACGGCAACCUCAACUAUGCCAGUCCCUCCCGCCGUCACAUUCGCCUUGGCAUCGACGUGCCCCUGGUAAAGCGUCGGUCCAUGAAGCGCGGCAAUGUUAUGUACGAGCCCUCUGACCUUGAAUUCACUCACGGUGUGGCCUCUGGAGAUCCAUGGGCCGACAGCGUCAUUCUUUGGACUCGGGUCGCUCCCUCGGCCAAGUCGAGUGAGAGCACAAAGGUGGUAGACGGCACAGCGGGAUACUACAGCCACGAGACGGAAAAGUACAUCAAGGCUGAUCCCCAUCCCAUUUGCUUAGACUGGGAUGUCUAUGACUCCGAUCCGUCAGAGGGAGAGGCGAACCGUGUCACGAGUGGCCGAGCAUACACGACGUCUGAUAUUGACUACACAGUCAAGGUUGAAGCUCCUGACCUGAAGCCUCUCACUGUCUACUACUAUCAAUUCACAAUCUGUGGCUCAGAUAAGAAGAGUGUGGUGGGUCGUACCAAGACAGCUCCGACAGCCGACGAUGCCGUCCACGACCUAAGCUUUGCUGUUUUCUCUUGCAGCAACUACCCCAACGGAUAUUUCAACGCGUAUGGAAAUGCUGCUAGAAAGAAUGAGCACGACUAUGUUAUCCACCUAGGUGACUACAUCUAUGAGACUGGCCGUGACGGAGAGAGGGCCACUAUGCCAGCCAAGACGAUUUUUACUCUACACGACUACCGAACUCGACAUGGACAGUAUCGUACCGACUCGGAUCUGCAGCUCCUUUCACAAAACUUUGCCUGGAUCCCUACUUGGGACGACCACGAGUUCGCUGACAACGGCUACCGGGAUGGCUUUUCCCACAUGAACAACACUGAGGAUUCCUUCCUAAACGAAGGUCCCAAGGUCAGCGUUGACACUCGAAAGGUCAAUGCCGUGCGAGCUUACUUUGAGUGGAUGCCUAUUCGGCAAACGGAUUUGGACGAUGGACUGAGAGUCUGGAGAUCCUUCCAGAUGGGCAAACUCCUGGAUCUCAUCAUCCUCGACACGCGAAACUAUGACCGAAGCAUCACCUCGCUUGGUUGGAACGAUGAAUAUGUUGACUUGAUCCGAGACGACCCCAGCCGCACCUUGAUGGGAGGGCGCCAGGAGAACUGGUUCUACAGGUCCCUCAGCAAGUCCCAGGAGCGAGGUGCAGCUUGGAGAAUCAUUGGAAAUCAAAUCAUCUUUUCACGUAUCACCGAGAACUGGGGCAAUGGGGAGAUUCUGCCAAGCGACAACUGGAGCGGAUAUGUUGCCAACCGAAAUCGAACCCUGGAGCAUCUGUACGAUAAUGAGAUUGGCAACAAUAUUUUCCUCGCUGGAGACAGCCACCAGAACUGGGUCUCGGAUCUGGUCUGGUUAGGAAACCACGACUACGACAACAAGACCGGCUCUGGAAGUAUUGGUGUCGAGUUUGCUGGCACUGCCGUCAGCUCCAGUGGUGUCAACGGCCCCAUCGAGCCCAACGCCGGAAAGGCUGCUCGCGAGAGAGUCAAGAGCAACCCCGAGUUGAUGUGGCAGGAAGGAUACUACCGGGGGUACUUUCGUCUUGAUGUCAGUCCCAAAAAGGUCACGGCGCAGUUCUAUGGCUCUCCUUCGGUGGCUACUCGUAACCCCUGGGAUAUUCCUCUGGCAAACUUCACUGUUCUAUCUGGUGAGAACCACCUUCAUAGACCAGUUGCUGACGGGCAUGUUGAGUCCGGCGCGCUCCGAUACGGAGAGGUCAAGCACACCAAUCUCUCUCUCAACACUGAGACCGGCAAAUGGAAACACGUUGAAUUUGACACCAUGUAUGUCAAGUCGUCUGAAGUACCAAAGUAA